GAAUGAUUCGUGCAUGUUGAAGUGAUAUGUGUAUUUUACGCGAACUUUCUUGCACUUUGCCAGAAUGUAAGGGCGUUGUUGAUCAAGUAUCUCCUCACUACAGACUUCCUGCACAUCAAGGGCAUGGAGGGCUCUCUGGGUGGCGCGACCAUGGCCGGUAUGCCGUCGGCCGAAGUGGAGAAAGUCAAGGUGGCUGUGCUGGCGGCGGGUGCGUUCGGCAUCGCCAUGGCGACGCUGGCGGCUCGGCGCAAGCACGACGUCGUGCUCUACGCCCGCGACGCGGAUGUGGUACAGUCCAUCAACGAGACGCACCGCAGCCCUCGCGUGUUCCCGCAGUUCGAACUUCUGCCCAAUAUCCGCGCCACGACGUCCGUGGCUGAAGCCACUAGCGACGCCAAGAUUGUGAUCGUGUGUCUCCCGGCUCAGCUCACUCCCGACUUCCUGGCCCUGCACCGCGACGACAUCCCGACGGACGCUGUGCUGGUCAUCACAUGCAAGGGGUUGUACCUAAAGACAAAGCAGCUGCUGGCCGUGCCUAUUCUGGAGGCACUACAGCGCGACCAGCCUCUGGCCUUCCUCUCGGGUCCAUCCUUCGCGCUCGAGCUCAUGAACAACGCGCCGUCGGCGGUCGUCGUGGCUGCCAAACUGCUCUACCAUGCGGUCUACGUGCAGCGACGUCUUUCCACCGUCGACUUCCGCAUCUACAGCUCGCAGGAUAUCGUGGGCGUGCAGCUUGGUGGUGCUCUGAAGAACCCACUGGCCAUCGGCGCCGGUAUGGUUGAGGGCUCCGGCUACGGUAUCAACACGCUCGCGGCCUACGUUACACGCAGCUCAUUGGAGCUACAGAAACUCUGUUUGGCGAUGGGUGGUCAGCCCAUAACCAUCUCUGGCCUCGCAGGCAUCGGAGAUCUCAUGCUUACGGCCUUCGGUAGUCUCUCACGUAACCGGACGUUCGGUCUUCGCCUCAUCCAGGGCGAGAAGGCCGAGGACCUGCUACGUGAGACCACAGUCGAGGGCGUCCCUACAGCCGAAGUCGCUGUCUACUUCGCCGAGCAAUGUGGCCUCGACCUGCCUAUCUUCCGCACCGUCAACGCCAUGAUCAAGGGCCACGUCAAGCGAGAGCAGCUUCAGGAACUGCUCAUGAAUCGACCUCUCAAAUCCGAGACCUGAUCGAGUAGAGGUGCACAAGAACUGAAAAAUCUGUCGAUGUAGUAAGGGAUUCUUUUUUGUGUGUAUACUCCCUCACUGCCUCCCCACCUCACCCGAGAUUGUAAUUGAAUGAAAAUUGACUGAAUCGCUUGCUAAGGGAAUUGCCAGCAUCAGCGCUCGGGUCGUAAGCUGCUGAAGGCGGACCUUCAUCGAUAAACUCUGGGUCCACAUAUCUGGUAUCUGUCUCGCCGCUGAGCUUUGGCGUCCAGUGGGCUUUGACUUCUCGUCGCAAUAGUUUAUCCCAGUCAAUAUGCCUAAAGAACCGACAGCCUUUGAUGGCGUCCACGCCGCCCAUGCGCUCCGAUCCAAGUCGCUGCUUCGGGUCCUUGCACAGUAAACC